AGCAAUGGGAAGAGGAUGUUAAAAACACCCUGCACCUCUCCCUACGAGGUGGAAGUGAGACCCGGGAAAAGGAGCUCGGAGCCUCCAUCCCAUUCCCCGGAAAGGAAACUAGGCUUAGGAAACAUACAGCCGACCCCGGACCUCGUCAGCCCGGCCCCUACUCUCACCUACCGCGACCCCUAUAUUGCUGUCUCCUCGGCCUGCGCCAGCGGCACCGCCUCCCAACUCCUGCCGAGCCAGCAGGAUGGCCCGGUCCCCUCAGCUGUGCCACGGGCCAGUCCCGGAUCCCCGCCCAGCGCCUCCUCCAGCUCGUACCGGACGAUGGCAUCCAUUUCCGAGCGCACUUUCAUUGCCAUCAAGCCUGAUGGAGUCCAGUGGGGACUAGUGGGAAAAAUCAUCACGAGAUUUGAACAGAAGGGUUUCAAAUUAGUGGCCAUGAAAUUCAUGCAUGCGUCUGAAGACCUUCUGAAAGAACACUACACUGAUUUGAAAGAUCGGCCAUUCUAUGCUGGUUUGAUUAAAUAUAUGCGCUCUGGACCUGUUGUAGCUAUGGUGUGGGAAGGUCUUAAUGUGGUUAAAACUGGCAGAGUAAUGCUGGGGGAAACUAAUCCAACAGACUCCAAACCUGGCACCAUCCGUGGUGACUUCUGUGUUCAAGUUGGCAGGACAAUGGCUUCUAAUAGCGAACGCACUUUCAUUGCCAUCAAGCCGGAUGGAGUCCAGAGGGGCCUGGUGGGAGAAAUCAUCAAACGGUUUGAACAGAAGGGCUUCCGCCUGGUGGCCAUGAAAUUCAUGCAUGCUUCCGAAAACCUUCUAAAACAACAUUACAUUGACCUGAAAGAUAGGCCAUUCUACCCUGGUUUAGUUAAAUACAUGAAUUCUGGACCUGUUGUGGCCAUGGUUUGGGAGGGUCUUAAUGUAGUUAAAACUGGCAGAGUUAUGCUGGGAGAGACUAAUCCUGCAGAUUCAAAGCCUGGUACAAUCCGUGGUGAUUUCUGCAUUCAAGUGGGAAGGAACAUCAUUCAUGGCAGUGACUCCGUAGAAAGUGCUCAGAAGGAGAUCCAGCUGUGGUUUCAGCCUGCAGAGCUUGUGGACUUCAAAUCUUGUGCUCAUGACUGGAUCUAUGAGUAAAAUGAUGUCUCUCUAAUUUAAUUGUGCCGCCUUAACACAGCAUCUCAUUCCAGCAGCUACUGAGCUGGGAGCAACUAUUAUGACAGUUACCUUUACAUAGUACUGUAAAGUUUAUUAAACAGAUUAUGGAAACUA